CGAGCGGAGCGCGGGGCGCAGGCAGGAGCGGCGCGGAGCAGCGGCCGCGUCCUUUGUGCGGCGCCGCCCGAGAUGCGCCCGAGCUAGGAGUCAGCUGCAGGAUGGGGGCCACAUCUGUCUGGGCCUUGGGCCUCCUGGUGCUACCAAUGCUGCUGGUGGUGGCUGGGGACCAGGGGACGCAGGACGCCACCGUGGCCGUCGCCGAGAAGGGGCUGCGCCUGCAGAAGGUGGGCUCGGGAUCAGUGUGGGCUGCGCUGGCAGAGCUGGUGGCCCUGCCCUGUCUCUUCACCUUGCAGCCUCGGGCAGGGGCGGCCAGGGACAGCCCCCGGGUCAAGUGGACCAAGGUGCGGACUGCGUCGGGCCAGCGACAGGACGUACCCAUCUUGGUGGCCAAGGACAACGUGGUGCGGGUAGCUAAGGCCUGGCAAGGACGCGUGUCACUGCCCGCCUACCCCCAACACCGAGCCAAUGCCACGCUGCUGCUGGGGCCCCUGAGGGCCAGCGACUCCGGGCUGUACCGCUGCCAGGUGGUGAGGGGCAUCGAGGACGAACAGGACCUGUUGCCUCUGGAGGUGACGGGUGUCGUGUUCCACUACCGCGCUGCCCGAGACCGAUACGCCCUGACCUUCGCCGAGGCCCAGGAGGCCUGCAGGCUCAGCUCUGCCACCAUCGCGGCCCCGCGGCACCUGCAGGCCGCCUUCGAGGAUGGCUUUGACAACUGCGACGCAGGCUGGCUUUCAGACCGCACUGUCCGGUACCCCAUCACCCAGUCCCGGCCCGGUUGCUAUGGAGACCGCAGCAGCCUUCCAGGGGUACGCAGCUACGGGCGGCGAGACCCACAGGAGCUCUACGAUGUGUACUGCUUUGCCCGCGAGCUAGGGGGCGAGGUCUUCUACGUGGGCCCGGCCCGCCGCCUAACCCUGGCGGGCGCGCGGGCGCAGUGUCGCCGCCAGGGCGCCUCACUGGCCUCAGUCGGACAGCUGCACCUGGCCUGGCACGAGGGUCUGGACCAGUGCGACCCGGGCUGGCUGGCCGACGGCAGCGUGCGGUACCCGAUCCAGACGCCGCGCCGGCGCUGCGGGGGCCCCACCCCGGGCGUGCGCACCGUGUACCGCUUCGCCAACCGCACCGGCUUCCCCCCGCCCGCCGCGCGCUUCGACGCCUACUGCUUCCGAGCUCAUCACCCCACACCGCCGCACGGAGACCUGGAGAGCCCCUCCUCCGGGGAUGAGGGGGAGAUCCCGUCAGCAGAGGGGCCGCCAGGUCAGGAGCUGGAGCCCAGCCCAGGGGAGCAAGAGGUGGCUGUCCCUGACGCCCAGGAGCCUCUGCUGUCCAGCGGGGAUGAAGCACCCCUCAUCCCAGGAGAGGAGCACGCGCCUGAGAAGACGCCCCCCAGCCACCCCACUGAGGAAGCACAGCCGGCCCCCGGCCCCAGCAGCACAGAGAUGGGGACCGGGGCAGGCACAGCGGCAACUUCGCGUGUGGAGGUGGCCUCCACGGGGCCCACGCCACGGAGGAGGGGGCGCUUCAAGGGGCUGAACGGGCGCCACUUCCAGCAGCAGGAGCCUGACGCCCUUGGGCCGGAGGGGACCACCACCCCGCCGCUGCCCCAGAGGGAUGCUGGGAACCACGUGGAGCCCCCCUCUGUCACGGAGGCCUCGGGCAGCAGCUGGAGUGGGGGUCCCUGGGUCAUUCUGACCAAUGAGGUGAACGUUCUUGGUGCAGGUCCCCCUGGAGGCAGGAGCCCCCCAGAACCUUGGGUGUGGCCCCCAACUGAGGUCCCACCCAGCACCCCAGUACCCAGCGGGACGCUUGACCUGAAGCUGGAGGACACCGAGGCCCCCACUGUGCAGCCAGCAACCCCCUUGGCGCCCGCUGUCCCAGCCCCCGGUGCCGCAGUGGGCCCCAGUGCUGCCCCUGGGGAGCCGGCGACCGCGGUCUCGUCCCUGGACCUCCCCAUCGUGGCCAUGCUGCGUGCCCCCAAAAUGAGUCUCCUGCCAACCUCUCCGCACAUCCCCACUGAAGCCGUGCCCGUGGCCCUCCCCUCGCCAGCCUCCGAGAGUGGGGUACAUUCCCUGCCCCCCUCCUGGGGCCCAACAGGACAGGGCGGGGAGACCCCUGGCGUGACGCUGAGCCACCACAGAGCAGGGAGUUUCAUGAUCCACUCCCAGGCAGCCACAGGCCCCCACGCUGGGGCCCACCCUCGCUCCCCUGGAGCAGACUUUGGAGAGACUGGGGUGACCAGCCCCCCUGAGCUCAGCACAGCUGAGCCCCCCAGCCCCAGCCAGUGGGCUUCUGAGGACGGGAAUGUGGUGGCAGACCUUGUCUCCAUGGGGCACACAGGCCCCGGUGGCAUCCCGGGGUCUGGGUCUGGGGUCCCCGACCCAGCGGAAGGCCCUGCCUCCAGCCUGCGAGCCACUGCAGUGCCGGGCACCUGGUCCCCACCGCACAGCGACCGGCAUGACACCAGCCCCGCAUCAGCACCCUCAGGGAACCCUGAAGUCACCCCGAGUUUGGAGCCCAGGGCAGCUGCAGAGGAAGCAGCUACCGCGGGUCCCGGGGAGUCCCCAGCCACACCGGCCCCCCGUGAGGCUGGCAGUGUCCCGGUAUCUGGGUCCCAGGUGGCUGGAGAAGCCCGGAGCCCCACCUCGCACCCUCCAGUGACUGCGGACACCAGCGUGCUGACAUCGCUUGCACCCCUGGGCCAGGUGACCCAGGCUGUGGUCCUGGCCACGUCUGCAUUGUCCUCUUCGAGCCCCCAGCCCCACCCAGAGCCAGAGGGCCAGCGGGUGGCUGAGGGGACACAGGCACCUUCAGCGCCUGCACCUCCAGGCGGCGGCCCCCUGCGGGAGCCAGGUCUUUCCUCUUGGACAACCGCCACAUCCGCUGUGGACGAGGCUGCCUCAGUGUCCUCGGGGGAGCCCGGAGUGGCCUGGGAUGCCCCCAGCACCCUGCUGCCUGUCCCCCUGGGCACGGAGGAGUCUGACAUGGAGGUGCUGGCGGGAAGCCCAGGCCUGGAGGGCCUCUGGGAGGAGGCGGCGAGUGGAGACGAGCCAGCCCUGCCGGGGAUGCCUGACAACGGGACUGCGGAGGACGUGCCCUCUGACCCCUGUGAGAACAACCCUUGCUUGCACGGUGGGACCUGUAACACCAACGGCACCAUGUAUGGCUGCAGCUGUGACCAGGGCUUUGCUGGGGAGAACUGCGAGAUUGACAUCGAUGACUGUGUCUGCAGCCCCUGUGAGAACGGAGGCACCUGUAUUGACGAGGUCAAUAGCUUUGUCUGCCUCUGCCUCCCCAGCUACGGAGGUAGCCUGUGUGAGAAAGACACGGAGGGCUGUGACCGCGGCUGGCACAAGUUCCAGGGCCACUGCUACCGCUACUUCGCGCACCGGCGGGCGUGGGAGGAGGCGGAGAGGGACUGCCGCCGCCGCGCCGGCCACCUGAGCAGUGUCCACUCCCAGGAGGAGCACAGCUUCAUUAACAGCUUCGGGCACGAGAACACGUGGAUCGGCCUGAACGACCGGAUCGUGGAGCGCGACUUCCAGUGGACGGACAACACGGGGCUGCAAUACGAGAACUGGCGCGAGAAGCAGCCGGACAACUUCUUCGCGGGAGGGGAGGAUUGCGUGGUGAUGGUGGCGCACGAGAGUGGGCGCUGGAACGACGUCCCCUGCAACUACAACCUCCCCUACGUGUGCAAGAAGGGCACAGUGCUGUGUGGCCCGCCUCCGGCCGUGGAGAACGCCUUGCUCAUCGGUGCCCGCAAGGCUAAGUACAACGUGCAUGCCACGGUGCGCUACCAGUGUGAGGAAGGCUUUGCCCAGCACCACGUGGCCACCAUCCGGUGCCGCAGCAACGGCAGGUGGGACCGGCCGGAAAUCGUCUGUACCAAACCCAGACGGUCCCAUCGGAUGCGGAGACACCGGCGGCACCACCACCAGCACCACCACCACAAACCGCACAAGGAGCGCAGAAAACAUAAGAAGUACCCCGCGGAGGACUGGGAGAAGGACGGAGGGGAUUUCUGCUGAGGAACCAGGCAAAAGAAAGCACAGCCCCUUCCCACGCCUGGGAGACAGAGCCCGGAGAACAGGAGGGCCUGGAAGCCCUUAGCCCCCCGCCACACCCCUACCUACCCCUUGUAAAAAGCUCCCCGUCCUCCCUCAUCCUCGAGGUCCUCUUGGCAGGUGUCGCCACGUGUCUGAAAAGUCCAUUCCCGCCAGGGUGGAACUCGGGGGCGCUGCCCGGCUGAGGGCAGCACCGUGCGUGAAGAUCAUUCUUUGUGUCGUUUGAUCUUCUGUGGGCCAGGCUGAUGGGCAUUUGUUGAAAUGAGACUUUGAUGAAGGCAUGAGGAUGUACAUUUGGAUGUGUGCUAAGGAAUUGCUUUUCGCACUAGGGAUUCAGGCUCAGUAAACAGUUGGCUGUCCUCGGUGAAGCCUUUGCUUAAGGUCACUGGCUUUGGGAAUAGAAGGCAAAACAGAAGCACACGGCAUGAACUCGACAACUGUUCUUCCUUCACCUUGGACUCAGCCCCAGUUCGGUCUUUGGUCUUGGUGGAUAGGCACUCGGGAGGCUGAGGCAAGAGGGUUGCUGUGAGUGGCCCUCAAAUGCACUGAAUUUGAGGAAUGUUUGUAGCGUGGCCGCUCUGCCUGCCCUCAGAGCUGGGGGAGGAGUGCGGAGCGAUGUGUCUGUAUGGAGGGAGACUGCGCUGCUUCCCCCAAGCCUACUGCGGCGCUGAGACUUGCUUGGACCUCGUGAUGGAUCCUUCUCACACAAGCAGAAGAGGAUAUUUAGGGUUGGCUGAGCCCGAGCUCUUCCCCUUCCAUCUCAGGGAGACAAAGAGCCUCCUUCGUGCACCUCGGAGGUACCAAGUUUUUUAACCCAGUGCCUGUAUAUACCUGUCCCUCAAGCAGACAUUGGCAUCCCCUGCCCUGGGCCCCAGCCCUCCCCCCCCCCAUCCUUGCCUCCAGCCUUUGCCUGGAGGGCCAGGAAUGCUUACACCUCGAGGUGGGGACCCCUCCCUGUGGUCACAUGGUGGAGAGACGCCCCGCGUUAAAACCGAAACGCACUCACAUUUUCCUCUCAUAGUUUAACAGUUUUUUUUUAAGUGAGAAAGAAUUAACCUUGCCUUCCUCCCCCAAAUUUGCAAAAACCCACCCCAGGCCGGAAGCCAGAAUCUACCUGAGAGACCCACGGCUCCUCCUCCAAGUCUGCUUCCUACCCUCAGCUCCUCCAGUCUGAAGAAAGCUGUGGGUUUACGUUUAAAAUCAUAGUGGAAAAUGGCUCUCGACUGGAAAGAGAGAUGUGCAGAUGUGUGAUCCACCUAGGGGUAUAGUAAAGGUAGAAAUGUGUUAACUGGAGCCCGCUGUGGUGGCACACGCCUGCCUUCCCGGUACUCGGGAGGCUGAGGCAGGAGAAUGGCUGAGUUCAAGGUCAGCCUGGGCUACAUAGAGAGACCCUAUAUGAAGAGAGAAAAAGGAAGAAAGAAGGAAAAGUUCUCAUCUCCCACACGUGCGGGAAAUGGGGAGGGCCACUGGACACUCGCCCUGGACAGUGGCCUCCAGUUCCCUGCCGCGGGCAUCAGCCCCGUCUCUGUGCACCCCAUGUUACUGUGGAGAAAGCCAGCGACCUAGGUCUGUCCUCUGAUUUUCUAACACUUCCUGGUUUUAAAAGGGUGGUGAGCAGAAUGACGCAUCUCUGUCGAGCGCGUCCCAGAAGAUCCGGCUCAGCCUGGGCGAGCUGGGGGCUCCUGUGGGGUUGUGGUGGGUGCUCCCGCCCUGGCCCCACCCCAGCUCCCAGGCCCGGGGCUCGGGGCUUUGUCUCCGGUCACGCGGGGCAUGUGUGUGUCUGCGUGAGAGUGUGGGUGCGCGUGAACAGCUUUGGGGGCUGCUGGGUGUGCUUUGAGCUGCAGUGUUCCGUGGGUCUGUGGUAUCUGACACUGUGGACAUUAAUGUACUUCUUCGACAUUUUAAUAAAAAUUUUUUAACAGUUCAA